UUGUAAUGAAGAAAUUUAAACUACAAUGGCAGCUCAAUUGGACAUUACUCCUUCUAACUUCAGUGAACCCAGGACUGGCCAUGGGUUUGGAAACCACAAUCACAGAGAUUCACAACUGCGACUUGUCUUAGUGGGUAAGACUGGAGCAGGAAAAAGUGCCACCGGGAAGAACAUCCUUGGAAAGAAAGCAUUUUAUUCAGGAAUGGUAGCAAAAUCCAUCACCAAGGUCUGUCAGAAAGACAGCAGCACAUGGAAUGGGAGAGAAAUUGUUGUUGUGGAUACACAUGGCAUUUUCAACACCAAGGUAUAGGAUGCUGACACACAAAGGGAGAUUGCUAAUUGCAUCCUUUUGAACACCCCUGGGCCUCACGCUGUGAUCCUGGUGGUCCCGCUGGGCCGGUACACAAAGGAAGAACAAAGGGAUGUGGAGAAGAUGCUACCAAUGUUUGGACCCAAAGCUAGGAGGUACAUUAUUCUCUUAUUCACCCAGAAAGAUGAAUUGGAAGGCAUGGACAUCCAUGAUUACUUAAAGGAAGCACCAAAAGGCAUUCAAGAUCUGAUGGAGCAGUUCAAGGAUCAUCACUGUGAGUUUAACAAUAAGGCGAUGGGUGAACAGGAGGCUCAGAGGACACAGCUGCUGGACCUGGUCCAGUUCAUAGUGAUGGGGAACCAGGGGGGAUGCUAUAUUAAUAAGAUGUACCAAAAAUCUGAGGUGGAGAUUCAGAAACAAAUUCAAAUGAUACAGGAACAAUUUAGAGCAGAGCUGGAGAGAGACAAGAGGCAGUUAAUUGCGGAGUAUGAAGAGAAAAUCAGAAAGCUGGAGGAUAAACUGGAGCAAGAAAAGAGAAAGGUAGAAAUGGAGAUGGAAUUGGCAGAAAGGGAGAGUCGCUGUGUUUUAAGGCAGCAAAAUGCCAGAGGUGAAGUGGAAAGUCAGAAAAAGAUGCUUGACAUAAUAUUGAGAGCAUUGGAGUUUACUUCGCUUUUUUUCUCAUUUCUGUUCAAGGAAGAUUAAGCUUAAUGAAUAUCUGUCUAUGUUUCCUGCAUAUUUUCAAGUGUUCCUUCCCCAUAUUUUCAUUCCUCAAAAUCUGUUUCUAUCUCUCACACUCUCAGGACUGGGUGACAACGUUUCUUGUUGUCAAUUAGUAUAUAUUUCAUUUAUUCUACAGGGAGAGACACAUUCUCAAUUUGCAAAAUUUCAAAGUAGAAAUUGUGGAUAACCCCUAUCUACUGAGCUCUUUCUCAGAAAUAGAGAAGGGGAAUGAAUGAGACCAAAAGAUGGUGACUCCAAGCUUUUUGCUUUUAUUGCUAGUAACUAUUUCUCCUCUAAAUUCUUUCUAGAUUGGUGCACAAUAUCCACCUGUAGCUUCUACUUCAUACUUUUACCUUUGGAAUGACAAUGAUCAUUUUAUCUAUGUUGUUAGGUAAAUCAAGGAUUUACAUUAGGUAAUAGAUAGCUCGAGAUGCUUAUAGAAUUCUAUUUAAAUGACCAUAAAUUUAUUGAAUUACAUUCUUAUGGAAAGACUGAAAUUGUUUCUUAUCAUCUGCCCACUGAAGAGAAAAGAUUUGUCUGGAAAACAGAUUUCUCAGAAUUCAACUAAGUGAAAUGUCAGGAAGAGUGAAAGACAGAUUCAACAGCUAAGAAAAUAAUGUUCAGUACAUCCAGAUGUUUCUGUAGAUAGUCUGAGCAACAUGCAUGUAACCACUUUACUGAAUAACUGGUUCUGUUCUUUUCUUGUGACACCCACUGUUGCCAACACACUGCCAUCACUCCACACCUUGAUUCCUUACUGCUAGUUGGGUCAUCCCCACACAAUUUCCCCCACCCUUUCAAUUGUUUGUUCAUUGUUACUACAAUAAAACUUUUCUAUUCUCU